UGCAAGUAGGAAGAGGUGGGAACAGCAAGGAGAUGCCACCUAAGGCCAAAAAUAAAGGAAUGAAAACUGGGGCACAGAAGAAAAAAAAGGAUGCAGGUGCUGAUGUGGAGGCCGAAUCCAAGCAUAGGCUGAUACUGCUGGAAAAGGAACUGCUCCGAGACCACUUGGCUCUGCGGAGGGAUGAGGCCCGCCGGGCCAGGGCUUCUGAAGACCAGUUGAAGCAGAGGUUGCAAGGGCUGGAGGCUGAACUGGAAAAGACCCGAAGUGAAGGGAAGGCCAUAUAUGCAGAGAUGAGUCGUCAGUGCCAGGCCCUGCAAAAGGAGAUGAGCACCCGCAACAGGCAGCUGGAAGAAGAAGUGACGGGCCUUCGGGAGCAGCUAGAGACAAGCCAGAGGGAAGCUAAGGCUGUACAGGAAGAGGCCGAACAGGCCCUUGGAGAGCGGGACAGGGCCGUGGCUCAGCUUCAGGCCUACGUGGCAGACAUGGAGGCUAAGUAUGAGGAAACCCUACAAGACAGUCUGGACCGGCUCUUGGCCAAGGUGAGAGCUGUCAAGCCUCAGUGGAGUGGGGCUGUGCCGACCCUCCAGGCCAGGCACAGGGCACAGCUCCGCCAAUUUGGGCUCAACCCCCUAGAUCUUUGA